UAGUCGUAUCGUAACUUGUGCAUUAAAGUACAUUCAAUCAACUUUAUCAUGUCUGGUCGUGGAAAAGGAGGCAAAGUUAAGGGAAAGGCAAAGUCACGUUCAAGCCGAGCUGGACUUCAGUUCCCAGUUGGUCGUAUUCAUAGACUCUUACGUAAGGGUAAUUACGCUGAACGAGUUGGUGCUGGGGCACCUGUCUACCUCGCUGCGGUCAUGGAGUACUUGGCCGCUGAAGUGUUGGAAUUAGCAGGAAAUGCUGCACGUGAUAACAAAAAGACCAGAAUCAUCCCUCGUCACCUUCAGUUGGCCAUCCGCAAUGACGAAGAGUUGAACAAGCUGCUAUCUGGAGUAACCAUUGCCCAGGGUGGAGUUCUGCCUAAUAUUCAGGCCGUACUUUUGCCCAAGAAGACCGAAAAGAAAGCAUAAUCCGUUGGAUAAGGAGAUCAUUAAUCGGCCCUUUUCAGGGCCACCAAAUUUAUCUCGUACAGAGACUGAACGUCAUGUUUACCGAAAGUUUAUAGUUUGCUAGC